AUGGAAGCAAGCACAAAAUCUCCUGUAGAAGCGCCAACUAUAGCUUUCCUCCAUCGAGUUAUCGUUGCAUCAGUCCUAGCGGUAUUAACAAUUGUCGGCCUCUUUGGCAAUGCUCUUGUUAUCUUCUCCGUCAUCACUACGAAAAAGCUUCGUACCGUCACCAACAUGUUGGUUGUCAAUCUCGCUUUCGCUGACAUUUUGACAUGUUUUAGCUUAGCAUUCCAGAUCGCCGGCCUCCUAAGUCAAACGGGAAGGUACCCGAUUCCCGAGUUCAUCUGUGCAAUUGUGGCUGGAGUAACGGCGACCAGCGUAUGCUGUAGUGUAUCUAAUUUAGUCGCUAUCGGUUUCGUCCGCUGGUACGUCAUCACCAGAUCUAUUCGUGGUCAUCAAGGUCUCAAUACCCCGAGGAAUAUUGCGAAAGUCGUGCUCAUUAUCUGGAUGGAGUCAAUUGCACUCAUGAUCAUACCUCCUGCUCUAGGAGUAGGAACUUUCGGUUAUUACAGAUACUACGGCUUAUGCAGUUUGUCCGAAACAAACCCACUGGCCUUCGUUAAUUUCAUCUUUCAGGGCGCUGUCAUCAUUACUGCCCUGAUACUCACCUUGGUGUUUUACGGACUGAUCUUGCGACACGUUUUGCAACAUAAUAAGCAGUUCCGAGACAAGUUUGCAGAUGAUAAAGCUACCGGUUCAAGCUCAGCAGAGGCACAAAAGAAAAAUGCUUCUUCAUCUACAUCUCAAGAUUCUAGUCAACCCAUGAUCAAAGCCAUCAACCAAAAGGAGAUCGAGAUAACAAAGAAUGUAUUCAUUGUUGUCUGCAUCUUCAUGAUUUGCUUUGUAGCACAAGGCGUAAACUCCAUAGACACCGGGGCAGGCCUGUCCACCCUCUAUGGCGUCAUGAUCAUGAUGGCGAACAGCGUGGUUAAUCCGAUCAUCUAUGGUCUGAAGCAUCCUAACUUUCAAGAGGCUUUCAAGAGUAUCCUAUGCCGUCGUCACAGACCGCUCGAGCGUGUCUCAAACUGA